AUGGCGGCCGUGGCCGCACUGGCGGCCGGGGCGGCUUUCGUUGCAGCGCCUGCAAGAGCGCCUGUGGUUCCCAACAAGCCGACCCCAUCGGGAAUGGCUUCGUCUGCCUCUGAACCUGCUGGCUGGGGAUUGGCGGCAGCAGGCCUGGCCCUCGGUGCGCAUGUGGGCUUGGCAGCAGCCUGGCGUUCUAGAGCUUCCACAGCAGCCCGGGCUGCAAAAGAUGCCCCCGCCACCAAGUACGUCGAGACCGUCGCCGACGAGAGGCUGUUCGAGCAGGUCUACCUGCAGUACACAUCGGAGUACCUGAAGGGCCCGCUGUACUGGCACCCCGACAAGCUGCAGGGCUGGCUGCCCGACUACCCCGGCACGCCAAUGAUCAAGGAGGGCAAGUACACCUCCCACGUCAUCGGAAACUUGAAGGCUUUCAGCUCCAACGAGCUCGCAUUCUUGUCGAUGCUUUUCUUUGGAGUUGGCCUCUACGGCAAUCUGCAGUUCAACUUCUACGAUCCCCAGUGGGCCAAGGUUGAUGCUGGUGGCUUCUUCAAUGUCUCCUACAUCGUGGAGUCCUUCUUGCUCCCGAUCUCCUUCUUCAUGCACAUUGCCUGCUACAUCCAGAGACAGAAUGGCAAGUGA